GGAAGGGAUUCCCCACCCACCCCCCUGCACGUGUAAACUCCCUUGCUCGCUCGGUGGACCGAAAAAAAAAACAACCACCAUGAAACUCUUGACCCACAACAUGCUCACUUCGCACGUGCGAGGCGUGCGGCCCGGUGGAGGGUUCCCCCUUCUCAUAAAGGCUACAGAGGUGAAAGUGAACGAUAUCGAUUUCAAUCCAGAGUUCACGGCACGGAUGGUGCCCAAAAUUGAAUGGGCAGCUCUGGUGGGCGCUGCCGAAAGUUUGGGUCAUCGCUCAGACCUUCCCUCCGAGCUCAUCCCCGACUACGAGAAAAAUGAAGAUUUUCUUCGGAAAGUGCAUCAUGUCUUAAUGGAGGUGGAGGUGAUCGAAGGUAUUCUGAAAUGUCCAGAUACUGGGCGGGAAUUUCCCAUUACAAAGGGGAUACCGAACAUGUUGCUGAGCGAAGACGAGACGUGAGCUAUUCUGCUAUCAAAAAAAGGCCCUAGAAGAAGUCCAGUGGAAAAUGGAGGAGGAGGAGGAGUAUUAAUUUCCCUGCAACAGUUUUUGCUUUAUUGUUUGUUUUGUGUUGUGUAAAUAAAUCGGAAAUGCUUAAAUGCCUACUUCACAAUGUUGGAUUGGUGUUUUAGCAGAUCUGUUUGGAAACUGA